GGCGUGGGAAAAAACACGAGGCGAGGGCGAGGCGAGGCGCGGCGCGGCGCGGCGCGGGGGUGGGGGAUAGAAAUACGAGCGAGCCCGAGCAGAGCAGGGCGAGACGAGACGAGACGAGAGGUGAUAGAUAAGCAAGCGGGCGCGCCCUAACCCUAGCUCGUCCCCGCCCGCCCGCCCGCCGCCUUCGCUCGCCGGAGGGUCCUCCGUCCUGCCGCCGCCGCCGCCGCCGACGCCGCCUGCCGCCGCGGGGAUCCGUACCCGCGCCGGGCCUGCCUCGACCGGCGUGGCUGACUCGGUCCUAGUAAUCCGGUGGUGGCAGGCCACCGCAGGGGAGCAAUGGCUGUUGUCAACACUAACAACCCUGUUCUAUUCGACAAUGACGAUGAUGACGGCCCGAUUUCGUUCAAGAGGUCUAGCAACUCCGUGAAGAGCAGCAGGCCUACCCCCUCCAAGCAGGAGGGAUCGUCAGGGGGUGCUGGGGUGCCUGUCAGGAGCCAGAAGCAUGUGGCUCCGAACCAGCAGAAGAACGGGGUGAGCGCCAGCGUGUCGAGGCCGAUGCAUAUGAAGCCGCCGCCGUCCAGCCCCAACCAGCGCCCUUCUGGGUCUGGCCAGCCAAACAGUUCGGCAGCGCAUAGUUCGAAGAGUAACAGCAACGAUAAGAGCAAACUGAAAAGACCUCUUGUGAAAGAAGAGAACUCUGAUGAUUCGGAUGAUGAUGUGCCGAUUGGGUUAAGGAAGAAGGUUGAGGAGAAGAAGUUAAAGAGAGUUGAUGAGAAAGCAGAUGAUUCAGAUGAUGAUAAGCCAUUGAGUCUCAAGAUCAACUCAUCCAAAAUGUCUUCCAACUGUGCGAGUAGGCCUGUUUUGCAGAAAGCUGUUGCAAAAGUUGAGCAGCCUGAUGAAGAUUCAGACGAUGAUAAGCCAUUGGCAAGUAGGUUGCCUACUAAUGCUGCUCCAAAAAGUGGAGGUAAUGCCUCUGAAGAUUCAGAGGACGAAAAGCCAUUGGCGGCCCGAUUCUCAAAAGUUUCUGGAAGUGGAAACCUAAAAUUGACUUCUUCCAGCAAGGGGUUAAAUAAUGAUUCAAACGGCCCGCGAAAUUUGGGUAAAAGGCCUCUAGAUAACAGUAAUCAAACAAGUUUAGCUCUCAAGAAGGCAAAGCCUUCCAAUGUAUCAGCUUCAGCAAGUGUUAAAAGAGAAAUCAAGGCAGAUGACAAUGACAACACCCCUCUUGCACAAAGGCUGAAAAUUGGCGAGUCUUCGAAAGGCAAGCCAUCUGCAAAGAAUGUCGUCAAGAAGAGUCCUGCUUCUAUGAAGAAGGGCAUCAAGAAGAUGAAAGGGAAAGUGAAAACAAAGAUGAUGAAAAAUUCUCAGUUCUCAAAGACAAUGAAGGUCCCUCCUGGAUCUGGUGGUGGAAAGAAAUGGACUACCUUGGAGCACAAUGGUGUUAUUUUCCCUCCACCAUACAAGCCUCAUGGUGUCAAAAUGCUUUACAAUGGGCAACCUGUUGAUCUUACACCAGAGCAAGAGGAGGUUGCAACAAUGUUUGCUGUGAUGAAAGACACAGACUACGCGGGCAAGCCAACAUUCAUUGAGAACUUUUUCACUGACUGGAGAACACUCCUUGGUAAAAACCAUGUUAUUAAGAAAUUCGAGCUUUGUGAUUUCACCCCGAUAUAUGAAUGGCAUCUUAGAGAGAAGGAGAAGAAGAAGCAGAUGACGACAGAGGAGAAAAAAGCAUUGCGAGAAGAGAAAUUGAAGCAAGAGGAGAAGUACAUGUGGGCUGUUGUAGAUGGUGUUAAGGAGAAGGUUGGCAAUUUUAGAGUAGAACCACCUGGGUUAUUCAGGGGACGUGGAGAACAUCCAAAGAUGGGGAAACUGAAACGGCGCAUUAAACCAAGCGAUAUUACAAUAAAUAUCGGAGAAGAUGCUCCAGUCCCUGAGUGUCCGAUACCUGGAGAAAGAUGGAAAGAAGUCAAACAUGACAAUACUGUAACAUGGUUGGCCUUUUGGAACGAUCCAAUUAGCCAAAAAGACUUCAAGUAUGUUUUCCUGGCAGCAAGUAGCUCACUUAAGGGGCAAAGUGACAAAGAGAAAUAUGAAAAGUCCAGAAAAUUAAAGGGUUACAUACAGGACAUUCGUGACAACUACACGAAGGAUUUCAGAAGCAAAGAUGUGGCAAAGAGGCAAAUUGCUGUGGCAACAUACCUUAUAGAUAAACUAGCCCUUAGGGCAGGCAAUGAAAAGGAUGAAGAUGAAGCUGAUACUGUUGGUUGCUGUACGCUGAAGGUUGAUAAUGUUACUUGUUUGCCCCCAAAUAAGAUCCAGUUUGACUUUCUGGGUAAAGAUUCUAUAAGAUAUUUUAACACCGUAGAGGUUGAAGAGCUUGUGUACAAGGCAAUUGAGGGUUUCCGUGCUGGUAAGAAACCAGGAAAAGAUCUCUUUGACCAGCUUGAUACAACUAGGCUAAACGCUCACCUGAAGGACCUAAUGCCUGGGCUUACUGCAAAAGUGUUCCGUACAUAUAAUGCUUCUAUUACAUUGGAUGGCAUUUUGCACAAGGAAACAGAAGAUGGAACUCUUCUUGAAAAAAUCGCUGUAUAUCAGCGAGCAAACAAAGAGGUUGCCAUAAUCUGUAACCAUCAACGUAGUGUGUCAAAAUCACAUGAGUCCCAGAUGACCAGACUGAAUGAAAGGAUUGAUGAUCUAAAGGCCCAGAGAGAUGAGUUAAAAGUUGACUUGAGCAAAGCGAAGAAAGGAAAGCCUCUGGGCUAUGAUAAAGAAGGGAAGCAAAAGAGGAACUUGGCCCCUGAUGCGAUUGAAAAGAAGAUUGCAGCAAUUGAAACCAAGAUUGAGAAGAUGGAGAUGGAGAAGAAGACAAAAGAGGAUCUGAAGACAGUUGCACUUGGAACGUCAAAGAUCAACUACCUUGAUCCUAGAAUUACUGUGGCAUGGUGCAAACGCCAUGAAGUCCCUAUAGAGAAGAUUUUCAACAAAUCACUUGUUGCGAAGUUUGGGUGGGCGAUGGACGUUGAUCCAGAAUUCAGAUUCUAGGAGAGCACACGUUGCCAUGUGCCAGCCAGUUUGAUCCAGCUUCCCGCCCUUCUACCAGACACUAAUUGCAGCUAGGAAAGGAAGAGCUCGGUGUUUGAUUUUCAAAGCCCCCCUGCUCCUGGAACGAAGGAAGCACCCGGCAUUUUCUUUGUAGGCCCCUAUUUUGUUGGUUCUUGGUGUACUUGCCACCGUUCCGUUGCGUUAAGUUCUGUAUGCAUUUUGCUGAGGAAUUUGAGCUUUGUUUGAGAACGGAUGGACAUUCAAUUUAUACCGAGUUAAUCUCAAAUAUAGAUGACUUGUUGAGUGGCGGAUCUCGCUGGACUCGUGAAUCGUGUUGGGUCAUGUGGUUUCAUUUCACCCAGGAAUCGAUGAAUGUAUGGUGUACCUGAGAACCGUUCGAUGGUAAUUGAAGAAAUGCUGAGGUGUAAAUUUUGAUCAAA